AUGGCGCCGACGUUCGACGGGAUUUCCGACAGGACUGCUGGACACAGAGCAAGUUGCGGCGCCACGAAGUUGGAGAAUGUUCGCGCACCUGAUUUUCGACAGCAGCCUCCUGAAGACACAGAAAGUUGCAAUGCCACGAAAUUGGAGGAGACAGCUGUUUGCAGAUUCUCAGCCAAUCGAUGCCACGUUUGGGCAACUACACAACAAGAAUGCUUAGGGACCUACCGCGGCAUUCAUGGGCAAAAGAGACUAGUUGAAGGAAUGCUGUUGGAGGAUGAGGCUUGGUCGUCGGGUUGGAGAUUUGUCGCGAGAUAA